AUGGCCCAAGAACGAGGAGAGCCCAUCGCCAGUUUCUUGAACAGAUUCAAGGAGAAGCUAACAAAGGUGAACGUCCCGGAGGAUGCUGCAAUGGCAGCCUUCAGGAAGGGCCUGAUCCCUGGAUCACCAUUACGAAAGGACCUCAAUAUCCGGGAACCCAAGGACCUUGAUGACACACUGCAUCGAGCUUCCAGAUUCGCGCUCGAUGAGGAGGAAGAGGCCCAAAUAGCCGCGAAAACUCACGACGAACAAUCGUCGCAUCCCCCCAAGGCUAAAAACUGGGUGGAACAUCACGAACCCCGCAAGCACCACAAACCUCAGGAUCGAAAAAAGGGCAUCAUCCACGCAGUCUCCAGGGCGGAAGAACAAGACAAGCAGCCGUCUGACCCGAAGGAACUUUACUGCGACUUUCACAUGACCCCCGGUCACUCCUCACAUGAGUGCGUCCACCUGAAGAAUUAUUUGUACGGGAAGUAUCUCUCUGGCGAAGUCGAAACUGUCUUUCAGCCAAAAAGCGUUCGCGGAGGCAGAGGUCGCCGUGGGGGAUGGCGUAGCGGACGAUCUAAUGGAGGCUGCGGUGCGGGUGGCGGACGAGGCUACAACGCACCACCUAACGCAGUCCAACAGCCGGUCAACCAAGCGUUCGUGAACCUCCAAGAGGAGGCGCCCCAAGCAUACGAACUGCCCGGCCCUCCCAAGCGGCAGAGGGGGCAAAACCCAGAGCGGGCCAAUUCCCCUCCCCGAGGACGAAUAACCAUGAUACUUGGCCCACCGGAGGACUGCGCAGACUCCGUCCGCGCGUUAAAGAAGAGGGCACGACAAGUUUGCACCCUUCGAACAGCUCCGAGCGAACCUUCACUCUGUUCGGACCCGAUAUCAUUCACUUUGAAGGAUGCUAAAGGAAUCCAACAUCCCCAUUCGGACCAUUUGGUUAUCGAGGUCACAAUGGGCGAUUUCAACGUCGAACGAGUCCUGAUCGACACCGGGAGCACCGUCAACGUACUAUGCUGGCAAACGUUAGAAAAAAUGGGCGUCACACCAGACCAACUGAAACCCGAAACUCGAACGCUGACGGGCUAUGAUGGGGUCGCUAAGAUGUCAAUGGGCGACGUAAAGCUACAAGUACGAGCUGGCGGAGUGACCCGGAAGACUAAGUUCGCAGUCAUUGAUGCACCUCCGAUCUACAACGCCAUUUUAGGGGUACCAUGGAUAUAUUCGAUGCAGGUCGUGCCAUCGACCUAUCACCUCUGCCUCAAAUUCCCGACCACCACAGGAAUUUGGACACUUUAUGGCGACCAAAGGGUAGCCCGAGUGUGCUCUGUUAUCGAAAAAAAGCAGAGGACGGCGGAGAACGCAUAG